UUGAAGUCCAAGAUAACCCCAUCUUCUGCUCAGAUCGCAGGCAUAUACAAUUCGCCGUUCAGGAAAUCCCCGGAUCCAAUGGAACUGCUGCUACGGAAGUCAAAGCCAUUGAGCCACAGACGGCAGCAAAUGGAGAGUCCCGUCGCCUGUGAGCUCUACGACUGGCCAACUUGCAGAAGGCCUCCGACUUUCUCCACAGCACAGCCUCUGCCACCUAUUGGCAGGCAGAAACCUCAGGGGCCUUUCCGCGAUACUGCUGAAGUAUUGCGGCAGCGCUACAAGCCUCUGGAACCAACCUUGCGAGUGGCAGCAUCAAUCAAUUCCUCACUAGAGAAGGCCAGAGAGGAAAUGAAAAGGGAGGGAUGGGGAAACUGUAUACAUGACAAUGAGUAA